AUGCCCCGCCACGGGGUGUCUCCUGGCCAAGGCCAUCCCACGUCCGACCGGGGGCAGGGACAAGAUAGGUCCUCGAACGACUCCAUGCCGGGAUGCCUCUGGGUGGCCCUGGGCCUGGCGCUGACGCUGGCCCUGCCCAACUCCCUAGUUCUUUGGGUCCCGGCCGGGGCCCACCCUCUGCCCACCCAAGGCCAUCCCGCCAGGCUCAAUCGCAUAGCGCCUGAGCUUCGGAACACUUUUGGCUGGUGGAACCUUACCUGCCCGGUCUGCAAAGGCCUGUUCACUGUCAUCGACAUCGGACUGAAGCAGGAGCCCAAUGUGGCCCGAGUAGGCUCCGUGGCCAUCAAGCUGUGCAAUCUGCUGAAGAUAGCGCCACCUGCAGUGUGCCAGUCAGCUGUUCAGCUCUUUGAGGGCGACAUGGUGGAGGUGUGGACACGCUCAGUGCUGAGCCCAUCUGAGGCCUGUGGCCUGCUUCUGGGCCCCACCUGCGGGCACUGGGAUGUCUUCUCGUCUUGGAACAUCUCUUUGCCAGCGGUACCCAAGCCACUCCCUCGGCCUCCCAACCCCCCAGCCCCAGGUGCCCCUGUCAGCCGUGUCCUCUUCCUCACUGACCUGCAUUGGGAUCAUGACUACCUGGAGGGUGCAGACCCCAACUGUGCAGACCCACUGUGUUGCCGCCAGGGCUCUGGGUUGCCGCCUGCCUCCCGGCCUGGUGCUGGAUACUGGGGCGAGUACAGCAAGUGUGACCUGCCCUUGCGGACUCUGGAGAGCCUAUUGGGUGGGCUUGGCCCAGCUGGCCCUUUUGACAUGGUGUACUGGACAGGAGAUAUCCCCGCCCAUGACGUCUGGCAACAGUCUCGCCAGGACCAGCUUCGGGCCCUGACCACCAUCACGGCUCUCGUGAGGAAGUUCUUGGGGCCAGUUCCUGUAUACCCUGCUGUGGGCAACCAUGAGAGCACACCCGUCAACAGCUUCCCUCCCCCCUUCAUAGAGGGCAACCACUCCUCCAGCUGGCUCUAUGAGGCCAUGGCCAAGGCGUGGAAGCCCUGGUUGCCCGCAGAAGCCCUUCACACUCUCAGAAUCGGGGGGUUCUAUGCCCUGUCCCCAUACCCUGGCCUCCGCCUCAUCUCUCUCAAUAUGAAUUUUUGUUCCCGGGAGAACUUCUGGCUCUUGAUCAACUCCACAGAUCCUGCUGGACAGCUCCAGUGGCUGGUGGGGGAGCUCCAGGCAGCAGAGGACCGAGGAGACAAAGUGCAUAUAAUUGGCCACAUUCCCCCAGGACACUGUCUGAAGAGCUGGAGCUGGAAUUAUUACCGAAUUGUAGCCAGGUAUGAGAACACCCUGGCUGGUCAGUUCUUUGGUCACACCCAUGUGGAUGAAUUUGAACUUUUCUAUGAUGAGGAGACCCUGAGCCGGCCACUUGCUGUGGCCUUCCUGGCGCCCAGUGCCACCACCUACAUUGGCCUUAAUCCUGGUUACCGAGUCUACCAAAUAGACGGUGAUUAUCCCGGGAGCUCUCACGUGGUCCUGGACCACGAGACCUUCAUUCUGAACCUGACGCAAGCGAACGCACCUGGAGCCACGCCGCACUGGCAGCGCCUCUAUAGAGCUCGAGAAACCUACGGGCUGCCCAACGCACUGCCUGCCGCCUGGCACGACCUGGUAUACCGCAUGCGGGGCGACACGCAACUAUUCCAGACUUUCUGGUUCCUCUACCAUAAAGGCCACCCGCCCUUGGAGCCCUGCGGCCCGCCCUGCCGCCUCACUACUCUGUGUGCCCAGCUGUCUGCCCGCGCUGACAGCCCUGCUCUGUGCCGCCACCUGGUGCCAGAGGAGAGCCUCCCAGACAUCCACAGCCAGUGGAUACGGCCGCUGUUGUGCUAGCGCUCCUAGGGCCCAGCGUAGGUAAAGGUCAUGUUUCUGAGAGGAAGCGAACGCCCAGGACGCUGAGGGCGGCUGUGGUGCAACUUAGCAAAAACACCCGGUGGAACAGCCCAUCUGGGGCCUAAGUACGCCAGGGAGACAUGACCUACUGCUUUCCUGGAUCUGGUUUAACAGGAU